AUGGCGACUGCAGUCCUUCCACAAAAACGUGUUCUGGGCGAGUCCCGCAACCUUCAGAAUGUCCCGUCGACGCCCUCUUCGGCCAAGAAACGCAAGACAGAGCCCUUCACGUCAUCACCGGCCGCCCGGUUCACCAGCUCACAGAAUAAUAACCAUCUUAAGCUAGGGUCAAGUCAACCCAAGAGUGUCUUCGAGUCUGAAGUCCUCGAGAAGCUCAGCCAAGAUAUUUCAUCCCUGAAGCAGAGCAACGCAGAAAAGGAUCAGUCAUGGGAACGCCCCCCAGUGGAAGACUUUGUACCAGAGCGAGACAGCCUCUGCUUUCAGUCAAUCGAAGCAGAGGAGGGCACUCUGCACGGUGGCAGGGCCACUGUCAAGUUGUUUGGUGUAAAUGACAAGGGAAACUCAGUCAUGCUACACGUCACCGAUUUCAAACAUUAUCUCUAUGUUCCAGCUCCUCAGUCAUUCCAGCCCAAGGACUGCCUGGCGUUCAAGACAUUUCUCGAUUCGAAGAUCGGUCUCCCCCAACAGACAAUUCACGCCGUUGCGAUGACGAACCGAGAAGAUAUUUACGGAUUCCGGGGCAACAAGCCCAGCCCAUACCUCAAAGUCACGGUCACCGACCCAAAAUAUAUUCACAAAGUACGAACAGCCUUUGAGAACGGUGAAGGCAACUGGAAGGGUCUAUGGAAAGGGGCCGCAGAUGGAAUUAAGACCUACGAUAACAUUCAGUACGUGCUUCGAUUCAUGGUCGACUGCAAGAUUCAAGGCAUGUCGUGGGUCGAGGCCCCCGCCAAGUCCUACAAACUGAUCGAGCACGGCCGACAGUCGAACUGUCAGAUCGAGGCUGAAGUCAGCUAUAUUGAUUUGAUCGCACACAAACCCGAAGGUGAAUGGGCCAGGAUCGCCCCCCUCCGUACCCUAUCCUUCGAUAUCGAAUGUUGCGGUCGUAAAGGGAUUUUCCCGGAAGCGAAUCAUGAUCCCGUCAUCCAGAUUGCCAAUAUCGUUACCAAAUAUGGAGAGAAAAAGCCCUUCGUCCGGAAUGUAUUCUGCCUUGAUACCACAAGUUCGAUUGUGGCCACUCACAUCCUCGAGUUCGAAAAGGAAGAAAUGCUGCUCAGCGAAUGGCAAAAGUUUAUUGUCAAGGUUGACCCAGAUGUCAUCACUGGUUACAACAUUGCGAAUUUCGAUAUACCAUACUUGAUUGAUCGAGCUAAGCAUCUCAAGGUUCAUGGGUUUGAGUACUGGACUCGCAUUCCAACCGAGCCAUCCAUACACAGGGACAAGAAUCUUAACAGCAAACAGAUGGGUAACCGUGACACAAAGAGCACCAAUAUCAAUGGACGGUUGCAGCUUGAUCUUCUCCAACUCAUUCAGCGUGAUCACCACCUUCGAAGCUAUACACUCAACUCUGUGUCUGCCCACUUCCUGGGAGAGCAAAAGGAGGAUGUCCACUACACUAUGAUUACCGAACUUUUCAACGGAACACCCGAAUCAAGGAGACGUCUUGCACUUUACUGCUUGAAAGAUGCAUAUCUACCUCAGAGACUUAUGGAAAAACUGUCCUGUUUGGAAAACUACACAGAAAUGGCAAGAGUCACGGGUGUGCCAUUCAACUUCCUGCUCUCUCGCGGACAGCAAAUCAAGUUCGUCAGUCAGCUAUUCCGAAAGGCGCUUGAACAAAAGCUGGUGAUCCCCAACAUUUCGACCCAAAACUCAGAUGAGCAGUAUGAAGGUGCCACGGUCAUUGAGCCCAUCCGAGCAUACUACGACGUGCCCAUCGCUACCUUGGAUUUCGCCUCACUGUAUCCCAGUAUCAUGCAAGCACACAACCUGUGCUACACAACUCUUGUAAACAAACAAGCUAUCGAGGCUUUGAGCCUCAAGAAGGACGAUGAUUACAUUGUCACUCCAAACGGCGACACAUUUGUGACGAUCAAGCACAGAAAGGGUCUCCUAGCUCAGAUCUUGGAAGAAUUGCUCUCCGCACGAAAGCAAGCUAAACGGGAACUUGCCGUUGAAACCGACCCUUUCAAGAAGGCAGUGUUGAAUGGUCGUCAGCUGGCUCUGAAGAUCAGCGCAAACAGUGUUUACGGUUUAACGGGUGCGACCACGGGUAAGCUCCCCUGCCUUGAGAUCGCCAGUAGCACGACCAGUUUUGGUCGCCAGAUGAUCGAAAAGACCAAGGAGGAAGUGGAGAAGAAGUACACGAUCGCAAAUGGCUACACAUACGACGCGCAAGUCGUCUACGGAGACACUGAUUCCGUCAUGGUGAAAUUCGGCACCAAGGACCUUGCUGAGGCCAUGAAGCUGGGUGAGGAGGCUGCGCAAUUUGUCUCGUCCAAGUUUAUCAAGCCAAUUAAGCUUGAGUUCGAGAAGGUGUAUUACCCUUACCUGCUGAUCAACAAGAAGCGUUACGCCGGACUGUUCUGGACGAGGCCCGAAAAGUACGACAAGAUGGACACCAAAGGUAUUGAGACUGUCCGUCGAGACAACUGCUUGCUCGUCCAAACAGUAAUUGAAAAGGUGCUGCGAAUGAUCUUGAUCGACAAGGAUGUCUCAGGAGCUCAGCAAUACGUCAAAGACACUGUGGCGGACCUGCUACAGAACAAGAUCGACAUGUCGAAACUUGUGAUUACAAAGGCGCUCACCAAAACGGACGAGCAGUACGCAGCAAAACAGGCUCACGUCGAGCUUGCGCAGCGUAUGAAGAAGCGCGACGCAGGCUCAGCGCCCGGACUGGGUGACCGUGUGGCUUAUGUCAUGAUCAGGGGAGCAGCAGGCGCGAAGAACUUUGAGAAGUCUGAAGAUCCGAUCUACGUCCUGGAGAACAAUGUGCCAAUCGACACCAAAUACUACCUCGACAAUCAGCUUGCGAAGCCGCUAACCCGUAUCUUCGAGCCCAUCUUGGGUGAGACAAAGGCGAGAUCACUGCUGACGGGCGAUCACACAAGAACGAUAUCCGUCGCAGCGCCGUCCGUCGGAGGACUGAUGAAAUUUGCGAAGAAAACACAGACAUGCAUGGGCUGCAAAAAGCCUUUGACUGGAAAGGAGGAGAGCGGCGGCGCUGUCUGCUCCAACUGCUCGCCCCGAGUGGGCGAAUUGUACAAGAAGACGCUUGAUCGAGUUUCGGAUCUCGAGGUGCGAUUUGGGCGGCUCUGGACGCAGUGCCAGCGGUGCCAGGGCAGCAUGCACUGCGAGGUGAUCUGCAGCAGUAAGGAUUGCCCAAUCUUCUACAUGCGGAUGAAGGCGAAGAAGGACUUGGAGGAUGCGGGCAAAGAGCUGUCGAGGUUUGAUGCAGACCAGGCAGCAAUAUGGUGA